AUGGUAUCAGAUGGUCAGAUGAGAGAAAAUGGUAUGAUUAAUAUGCCAUGGGUGGAAAAGUAUCGUCCAGCUUCUCUCACUGAACUUGUUUCUCAUCAAGAAAUCACUGAUACGCUUAUGAAAUUGAUCAAUGAAAAUCGAUUGCCGCAUUUACUAUUUUAUGGCCCUCCUGGAACUGGAAAAACGAGUACCAUAUUAGCUGCUGCAAGGAUGCUCUAUACAUCAAAGCAGUUAUCGUCGAUGGUUUUAGAGCUAAACGCAUCUGAUGAUCGAGGCAUAGGGAUUGUUCGAGAACAGAUCAUUAAUUUUGCUCAAACAAGUACUUUAAAUGUGGACAAGAAUCAAAGCAGUGUCCCGAAAUUGAUCAUCUUAGAUGAGGCUGAUGCUAUGACGAAAGAUGCACAGAGCGCCUUAAGACGUGUAAUUGAGAAAUUCACGGACAAUGUUCGAUUCUGUAUUAUAUGUAAUUAUUUGUCGAAAAUCAUCCCGGCAAUCCAAUCGCGGUGCACACGUCUACGUUUUGCUCCACUUUCAAAUGAGCAAAUAUUGCCACGGCUGCAUCAUAUCGUGCAAGUGGAAACACUCACUGUAACGGAAGAUGGUCAGAAAGCAUUAUUAAAUUUGGCCGAAGGAGACAUGAGACGGAUUAUAAACAUUUUGCAGAGCACAGCAAUGGCUUUUAAAACGGUUGAUGAACUGAAUGUUUAUCGGUGUGUGGGUUAUCCUUUACCAACUGAUGUUGAAAAAAUUGUGAAAAUACUAUUAAAUGACUCAAUAGAAGAUGCUUACACAAAAAUAGAAGAAAUUCGAACUGAACGAGCAUUUGCACUCAGUGAUAUAUUAAACUCAAUGCAUGAAUUCAUUUUCCGUCUGGUAGUACCACCAGAAUUAUUGAGUCGAUUGUUGAUUUGUAUGGCAGAUAUCGAAUAUCAUCUGUCGCAGGGUUGUUCAGAUCGUUUACAGCUUGGGGCCUUAAUUGGUGCUUUUAUCAACACUCGUCAUGAACUGGCAAAACUUGCUCCUAGUUUAGAAGUCAUACAGUGA